AAAGAUGUCUAAUCAGCAAAUUCUACAGCUGACUUUUCACACAAGUGGCCUCGUUGAACAGGCUUGAAACAGACGUUGUGAUACAACGCCGUCGUUAAGUAUGUUGCAGAUUGCUCUGGUAACCCUCCUCUUGGCUGGGUCCGAUGGCGCCCUGCAGUUUGCCUCCUACUACCAGGACCACAUGGUUCUACAGAGAGGUCCUCAACAAGCUGUCAUCUGGGGACAUGCCACAAAACUUGGAGACACUGUUUCAGUGGCCAUCGCUGGACACGGCUCAGUCACAGGUGUGGUCACCAAAGAUGCUGCAGGACAUGGAAUGUGGAAGGUCAAGCUUCCGGCCAUGACAGACAAGGGUCCUUUCACCGUGUCUGCCAAGUCAAGUGAGGGAACAGUGAUGAUCAAGGACGUCCUUUUCGGGGAUGUAUGGCUCUGUGGAGGACAAAGUAAUAUGGAGUUUCCAGCUGGACAUAUAAUGAAUGCAACAGCUGAACUAGAAGCAUCACUGAAGUAUGCAGACAUCAGGAUCAUGCGCGUACGAAACAUCCAAUCGACGUCACCUCUUACAGAACUGCCAGGAAAUGGAAUAUAUACAAAUUGGACACAACCAACAAAAGUUGCUGUCAACACUUUCUCUGCUGUGUGCUGGUUGUACGGCGAGUAUCUCUACAAUGACAGAAAGUAUCCCAUUGGUUUGAUCGAUUCCUGCUGGGGAGGAACGCGUAUCGAAGUCUGGUCCUCUCCUGAUGCCCUGGCAACUUGCUCCCACAUUACGAAACGAUAUCCAAGUGCAGCCUCUAUUCUCUGGAACGCAAUGAUCAACCCCCUCCGUGACCUUACCAUCCACGGGACCAUCUGGUAUCAAGGUGAGUCCAACGCUGGAUAUUAUCGUCAGUAUUCGUGUCAGUUCCAGGCAAUGAUCAGCGACUGGCGACAAAAGUUUCACCAGGCCUCACUGGGCGAGACAAGCGCUACCUUCCCAUUUGGGUUUGUCCAGCUGGCUGGUUAUCGUCAGAGUGCGACAUCUGUGGGCAGCAUGCCUGGACUAAGGUGGGCCCAGACAGGUAGACAUGGUACCGUUCCAAAUCAGGAUUUGAAGAACGUCUUCAUGGCGGUAGCUAUGGACCUUCCUGACUACAAUUCGCCAUACGGAAGCAUCCAUCCACGGUACAAACAGGACGUUGCCAGGCGACUAGUUCUGGCCGCACGAGGAGUAGCGUACAAAGAACCAGGAGUAAAGUACCAGGGUCCGUUUCCCAAGACUGUGGCAAACAAUAAGGCUCACCACACAAUCAACGUCCUCUACAGCUAUGGUCCCAUAAUGGUCAACACCAACAAUGGGUUUGAGGUGUGCUGCUCAACUGCUACAACGUGUGGUGCUCACGACAACUGGGUGGCUGCACCGAUCCAAUCCCACCAGGACAAUGAAGUUGUCCUCUCUACCACAGCAUGCACUCACAACGUCGUUGGUUUACGGUACGCCUGGAGAGAAAGUCCCUGUGAUUACAAGAAGUGUGCCAUAUAUGGGAAGGACACGUCACUUCCGGCUCCCCCUUUUAUUCAUACUGACAAUUUCGAAGCUGGAAUAAUUGUUGGUUAAUAAAUCUAAUAACAACCUAAA